CAGCACCUUCGAUUGGUCCAGAGUAAGCAUUUCCCGGUGCACCAGCAGCAAUUGUCUGAGAAUCGUACUCAUAUUUCAUUGGAGUUGUCGGAUGAGCCGUGGCACUAAGAGGUGAUCCUGAUUGCAAAAAAAUUAUUUCCAUAUUUCUUUGACAAACAUGGCCUCUGUCGAUGAGUUAAAAACUCUUUUAUUAAUACUUCAAGAGGAUGUCGAGGAUGCGAAAUUGGGAAUGAAGCAAAUAGUUGAAGAAAUUAUUAGCCUAAAAGUAUCGGAGGAAAAGCAAUUAAAAUUAAUGGAAAACUACGAGAAGAAUCAAAAAAUUCUGGAAGAAAGAAACGCAAAUUUGGAAGAAAGAUUGAAAAAUCUUCAAGAUAAAAUAGAAACUGGAAUGACUCAAGGUGGAAUGAGAAACAGAAAUAAUGACGGAUCUGGGCGAAAUUUCUCAGGCAGGAGUCGUAACGACGAUGAUGGAAUAAAAUCGAACAAUAGCUUUGGAGAUGAUGAUGACGAUGGAUGUAGAACCAAGAAUGACCGUUACGGACAAAACGGAAGAAGAAACAAUCGCGGGGGAGGUUCGAGAAGAAGCGAUGGCGACGGCGUCGAAGAUCGUCCAAGCAGAGGAGGACGUGGUGGCCGAAGAGACCGAGAAGACAAACGUAGUUUAGACGAUGACGCCAGUGGAGGAAAGGAAUACGUCAACAAAGAAAUUUACAUUCCCCCAAUGCCAGAGCAAGACGAGAAAAAAAUAUAUUCCAAAAAAAUAACUGCCGGUAAAAAUUUCCAAAAAGACAUCAAGGAAAUAAAAAUAAUAGAAAUAAACAAUGUCGAGCCGCCCAUAGAAAGUUUCGAUGACGCCAAUCUUCAUCAACAUUUGAUAAAAAAUAUCAAGAAAUGCGACUACGAUUCGCCAUCUGCGAUUCAAAAAUACGCAAUACCGACUAUUAUCCAAGGUUUCGAUCUAAUGGCAUGCGCUCAAACUGGUUCGGGAAAAACUGCAGCUUUCGUUCUGCCGAUUGUUCACAAACUACUCUCAGAACCGAGGGAUUUGGUACUUGGAGAACAUUGCGAACCACAAUGUAUGGUAGUUGCGCCAACACGCGAACUCGCAGUUCAAAUUGCCGAUGAAUUCAGAAAAUUCGCCAAUCAAUCGAUUCUGAAAAUCGAAACUGCCUAUGGAGGAACUGCCGUCGGUUAUCAAGCGAAAUUACUUCUAAACGGAUGUCACAUUCUCGUUGGUACCGAGGGAAGAAUUAACGAUUUCAUCAAUAGGGGACGAAUAAAACUCUACUCGAUUCGAUUCAUCGUUUUGGACGAAGCUGACAGAAUGCUAGACACCGGUUUCAUACCGGCCGUGGAAAGAAUUAUGGAUCACGAAACAAUGGUUUCGAAAGAACAACGACAGACACUCAUGUUCUCUGCCACAUUUCCAAAUGCAAUCCGAAAACUCGCGGCUAAAUUUCUCAAAGACGAUUACGCGUUCAUUGCUCUUGGUAUAAUCGGUGCUGCGAACACAGACAUCGAUCAGACAUUCUACGAAGUCAGUGGAAGGGAAAAAAAGCCGAAACUCCUGGAAAUUUUGAAACGUGAAAAGGAGAAUAAUUCUCUAACCGGAACUAUUGUUUUCGUCGAGACAAAAAUGACUGCCGAUUUUCUGGCUAGUUAUUUGUUGCAAAAGCAAUUUUCGACAACGAGUAUACAUGGCGAUAGAACGCAAAGUCAACGGGAGAAGGCUAUUGAUGAUAUUAAGAAUAGAAGUAUUGAUGUUUUAGUUGCAACGAAUGUUGGCGCUCGAGGAUUAGAUAUUCAGGGGAUAAAUCACGUUAUUCAGUUUGAUUUGAAUAAUGAUAUUGAUUUUUAUGUUCAUCGAAUUGGACGUACUGGACGUGUGGGAAAUAAGGGGCGAGCGACGUCGUUCUACAAUCAUGAGAAAGACAGUCCAUUAGCGGAAGCGCUUGUGAAAAUUUUGAGACAAGCCGGACAACCUGUUCCUGAUUUUCUUGGAGGUUCUGGUCGUGGCUAUCAACCGGGUCGAACAGAAAACACCAAAGUUCGGGAUUUACAUGAGGAAGGAAAUAAUUCGCGAGCGUUUGAUGCCGAUCGUGCUGAACCAGAGGAAGAGUGGUGAAAUGAAUUAAUGAUUCCUGAUAUCGAAAAUUUUGUAAAUAUCAGCAUUACGUUUGUUGAAAGAUAAAAAAAAGUAUUUUUUUGGAAUACUUUUUUAAAUUUUCUUUCGUUAAAAUAGUAUUACACUCUACGAGUUAAAAAUUUGUAAAAAUUUUAAAAUUA